UUUGACUGCGGAGCCAAGAACCCGAGCUGGGCAAGCAUAACCUACGGAGUGUUUCUCUGUAUUGAUUGUUCAGGGACCCAUCGAUCGCUUGGUGUUCAUUUGAGUUUCAUUCGAUCUACAGAACUGGAUUCCAAUUGGUCUUGGUUUCAGCUGAGAUGCAUGCAAGUUGGAGGAAAUGCAAACGCUUCUGCGUUUUUCCAUCAACACGGAUGCACGACCAACGAUACCAACGCAAAGUACAACAGCCGUGGUGCUCAGCUUUACAAGGAGAAGAUUAAAUCUCUUGCAACACAGGCAACAAGAAAGCAUGGUACUGAUCUGUGGACAGAUGGAUGUGGAAUGCCACCUGUGUCACCUCAAAACAAAGAGGAAGACUUUUUUGCAUCCCAUGUUUCUCCCAAGGCAAAUACGGAGUGGGUGUUGCCAGAGCCAGUUUCUCUGCAGCAGAAAACUUCAGAAAACAUUCCAGAAUGCUACGAAGGACCAGAACAUGGACCAAGUGUUGAUUGCCUCAGUACAUCGCCAAAAGCUGCCUUAGAGGGUACCACCAUCAUAAAAAAGAAGCCAAAUCAAGCUAAGAAGGGGCUUGGUGCCAAAAAAGGUGGUUUGGGAGCGCAAAAAGUGAGCAGCCAAAGCUUUAAUGAGAUUGAAAAACAAGCACAAGCUGUAGAUAAAAUGAAGGCACAGGAGGAUCUUCAUAGCGGUAAGAAAACUGAGAAGGAAGAGCCACUCAUCUCAUCUUUACGGUUGGCCUAUCGAGAUCUUGAUAUUAAAACAAAAGAAGAAAAGUUAAAUCUAUCUGGCAAGAAGAAAAGCGAAUUGGAGAGGCUUGGCAUGGGAUUUGGCAGCAACAGAAGUGGCAUUUCUCACUCAGUCACAACCGAUAUGCAAACAAUAGAGCAGGAAACACCUGUGAUGGCAAAGCCGAAGAAAAAGUACACAGAUGAUGUAGAGGACUCGUAUUUCUCUUCUAGUUCAAGGUACUAUGAUUCUUCAGAUCUGAGGAGCAGUACUUUCUCUAAAUGGGAUGACAAUUCAGAUUCUUUUUGGAAGAAAGAAAAUAAUAGUAGAGACGUUGAUAUAAUGUUAACUUCAAAAAGUGCAGGAUUUUCAGACAGGCCUGCAUCUCGACGUAAGCCUGAAUACGAACUAUCUCUAAACACAGACGAGGCACAAAAAAAAUUUGGCAAUGUAAAAGCAAUUUCAUCGGACAUGUAUUUUGGAAGGCAAGAUCAUGCGGAUUAUGAAGCGAGGGCUCGACUAGAAAGACUUUCUGGAAGCUCAUCUAUAAGUUCAGCCGACCUGUUUGAAGAUCAGAAAAAACAACCAGCAG